GCUCCACCCCCCGCGGCCGGGGUUGAUAAGAGGAAGCGCCGGGCUCUCUCCACUCCCCUUCCCGCUUACAGGCGUCCAGCCGUGUCGGUGUCCGGCCGCAGCGUCCGGGCCCGCCGAUUGGCCGAGCCCGCCGUUGCCUUUCCCCCCAUUCUCUGUGCGGUCCGCGGCUGUCACUGCCCCGCUCCCCUGCGGCCGGAGAUGGGCUCGCGAGCAUCCUCGCUGCUGCGGGACGAGGAGAUCGAGGAGAUCAAGAAGGAGACGGGCUUUUCCCACAGUCAGAUCACACGUCUGUACAGUCGGUUCACCAGCCUAGACAAAGGAGAGAAUGGGACUCUUAGCCGUGAAGACUUCCAACGGAUUCCUGAGCUUGCCAUCAACCCCCUUGGAGACCGGAUUAUCAAUGCCUUUUUCCCAGAGGGAGAGGACCAGGUGAAUUUCCGUGGAUUCAUGAGGACUUUGGCCCACUUCCGACCCAUUGAAGAUAAUGAAAAAAGCAAAGACCAGAAUGGACCAGAACCACUCAACAGCAGGAGUAACAAGCUGCACUUUGCUUUUCGACUGUAUGACCUGGAUAAAGAUGACAAGAUAUCCCGAGAUGAGCUGCUUCAGGUAUUGCGGAUGAUGGUUGGUGUAAACAUUUCAGAUGAGCAGCUGGGCAGUAUUGCUGACAGGACAAUCCAGGAGGCCGAUCAGGAUGGAGAUAGUGCCAUCUCCUUCACAGAGUUUGUCAAGGUUUUGGAGAAGGUUGAUGUAGAGCAGAAAAUGAGCAUUCGAUUUCUUCACUGAUGGAUGGGAGACCCAUUCCUUACCAAUCCUAAUUUCUAAGGACUAGAACACCAUUUUCUCCCCCAUCAUCUUUGCUUAGUGUGUUGCUACUGGUGCAUGAAAAACACAUCUGCAACCCCUCACCAGCUUGUUCCACCAAGGUGAACAUUCCCUGUGUAGCAGGAACAAAGGGAAGUAGCUGCAGUGCAGCUCGGAAUGAAGCAUUAAAAAGUCCCUAUUUCAGAUUCUUCCUCUCCAUUGCUGUAUGACUGUGAUUGCCUUUCCUUCCUAUGUAUUGCUGCUGCAGACUUAUUCUUCUGGAGCUUUACAUCUGGGAAGCCAAGAGAGGGUAAUAUCCCACAGAAAAGCCAUCUGAAUUUUUUUUUACUGGGAGUAGUGUAUUGUGUGAAACAAACCUCAGCUAAAUCAUUCCUUCAGUAAGUGCUAGGUGUCAGUGUAGCACUGCCUCAUUUCCUCCCAUGCUAGUACAACAGAGCUGUCUUUUUUUGCUCCUCACUUGUUUUUUUCCAAGACCUUUCUUCUCUCUUUCCAGAUCUGCCCUUUGGAGCUAUCUUAAAUUAAUCAUUUAAGUCCUGUGGCUUCUUUUGCAGGACUGUAGGAUUGGGAGUAGUGGCAGUUCUGAGCAGUCUCAAAUGCUUAAUUCAAGGAAUUAAUUCACAGGGGUGAGAGGAAUCUGUCAUGAUUGCAGGUUGCAACUUCUGUGGAACAAACUGGACUCCAUGCUGUAAUUCAUAACCCUCAAACAACCCCAGUACCAGGUGCAGAAGUGGGUGUUUUCCUUAAGAGCAGCUUGCAGGCUCUGACUGCCAGUGGACCACAAAGCACCCCUCCCUAGGUUGCUUUUCUGUAUGACCGUUCCUUCUCACAGGGCACUCAUACCUCCACCAUCACAACUUAUUGCUUUCAUUAGUGCUGAUUUAUUUACCAGUGUUUAUAAUUCAAACUUUGUGCAUGGCUAGUUUUCUUGAUUUCAUGUCAUUGUCAUCGUCCAGUGGUGAUAGCACUACUGACACCUUGUGCUGCUUUCAUACUAAUCCUUGGAUAAUUUGAAAACCAAUUUUUUUUUUUAACAUCUAUCAGAGCCCCACCCUGGCUGGUGGAUCUGCCCUGUAGGUGUUAGUUUAGCUGCACUUGGAACACUUGUAUGGAUGUUUAGAUACAAGUGUUUUUAGGGAACUGCCUACUAUAUCCUAGUUCAGAUUAAACGGUGAGACUUUAGAAUAUAAUCUGAUCAGAUACUUAGCACAAAUCUUUAUGAAACUAACACAACUGAAAGGAUAAUUUUUUUUAAAUUAAAAACUUAACAGCAAGACUAUAUUAAAUCAAGGAAUCAAAAGCAAUGAAUGUGUCCAGCUGUAAACCUCCAAAUUCAUUGGCUGCACAGCUUCUUGUGCACUAUGUGGAUAAGUCAACAAAUGAUCUGACAACCACUACAGGUGGAGUGUCUUGAAUUGGCCUGGAGGUUCUUCUCUAUUGAAAAAUCAGUGUUUAAGUGCUUCCACCCACUUCUACAUCAUGUGUUAGCUCAGUACUUACAGAAACUUAUGUUAAGAUUCAACCCUCAAAUGGAUUUCUUUAGUUCCUUUACUCAAUUGUAUUAAAAAAAUCUUUCAGUGGAUUCUUCACACUCUGUUUUUAAUUGAGUUGCAGAAAGAAAUGUUGCACUUUGAAAUUUCCAGACUGCAAUUUAGUAGUAAGGCUGGAGAAAUGUAAAAGAUUUCUGCUCUGUACAAGAAGGAAACAUUCUGGUUUUAUGACCAUAUUAUGUAAAAUAGGAAUUGUAAAAAGGAGAGGAAUGUGACAAUGUUAACAUGGAAAGGUACACAAGAUUUUAUAGGCUUUGAUUUGCUUAUUUAAAAGUAGGUGUUUCUCUUUUUUCUUCUGCCUGUGUAGUUGUAGUCAACAGUUGUGCCUUAUUGUCCCAAUGAGUUCAGAUACUGUAUUUAUCAAUGCAUAAAUAAACCUCUUCACUGUAAAAAU